UCCAUCCAUGCAUCUCUCAUCCUGACCCUCCUUUCUCUCUCCUCUCUGUCUCUCUUUCGUUUCCAGCCCGGAUAACGGAGGUGGACGAGCUUGGAGUUGUUGUUGUUGUUGUUGUUGUUGUUAUUUUUUUUAUUAUUAUUUAUUCCUCGUAUUUUUUGGGAGACCUGCCACCGGGCAUGGAGGAUGUAAAAGACCCGCCGACCGUCCACCGGUCCUCCUCCUUCAGCAUCAAGAGCCUCCUGCUGCCCUCCAAGUGCGACAGAACGGACUCCGCUGCUGCUGCCGCCGCCGCCGCCGCCGCCGCGGUCAUCGGCAUCCCCGGGACCCUCUCUCCCUCUCCGGGUUCUGACUCUGAGAAGUCGCUGGACCCACCGGAGGUAGACUCCACAGCCGGCGCGCUGGACCCGGAGAAACCGGGCAAGGAGGAGCAGGGGGAAGAGGAGGAGGAGGGCGGUGGGGGAGGCGGAGGAGGGGACGGCGCCAAGGCAACACCGGAGCAGAAUAAUAACGGCAAUAAUAGCGGGAAAAACGGGAAAUAUGACAAGCCUCCGUUCAGCUACAACGCCCUGAUCAUGAUGGCCAUCCGGCAGAGCCCCGAGAAGCGGCUCACGCUGAACGGCAUCUAUGAGUUUAUCAUGAAAAACUUCCCGUAUUACCGGGAGCACAAGCAGGGCUGGCAGAACUCCAUCCGGCACAACCUGAGCCUCAAUAAGUGCUUUGUCAAGGUGCCCAGGCACUACGACGACCCGGGGAAGGGGAACUACUGGAUGCUGGACCCGAGCAGCGAUGAUGUUUUCAUCGGGGGGACUACCGGGAAGCUCCGCAGGCGCUCCGCCACCUCCCGGGGCAAGCUGGCGAUGAAACGCGGUCUGCGCUUCGCUCCACUCGGCUUGGGGAUUAACGAGCGGGCGAACAACCCGCUCUACUGGCAGAUUUCUCCGUUUCUCUCCCUGCACCAUCACCACCACCAUCACCCGCACUACAACGGAUCCUCACCCGGAUUUUUGAACCAGGCUGCCGGCUACGGGUCGCUGCUGCCCGCGGUGGAGCAGCUGAGCAACGGGGACCUGGGGCGCUCCAUCCUCGGCGGGUCAGCCGCCGGGGCGCUGGGCUUGACGAACAGUUACGGGAUGAGCACGUCGCCGGUCGGGCUGCUGUCCGGACAGACUGCCGGGUAUUUUGUCUCAGGGACCCAACACGCGGCUGCAGCGGCACCGGGGCAGCCUGGAGGAGGGCCGCCGCAUCCGCCGCCGCCGCCGCAUCUCCAGCAGGGCGCACCGGGAUACGGCGGCCUGGCGACCAGCAGCUCGCCGCAGUCUCUGCUAUCGGACUCGCUCAGAAACAGCUCCCUACCGGCCUUCUCCCCGGGCGUGUCCGCGGGGUUCCCCGGGGUGCUGUCCCAUCAAAAGAGGGUGACCCCAAACGCUUUCCUAAACUGAACUCCCCCCUCCUCCUCCCUCCUCUCUCUCCCCUCCUCCCCCCCUCCUCCCCCUCACCGUCACCUCUCCGUGGAUGGCACCGGGACGAGGACGCACAAAAGACGUCAUGUUAAGGGCAAAUAAUAAGUGGUAAAUAUCAAACAUUGAUCGCAAAAAAAUAUAUAUAUGAAGUGAAACUUUUUUGGCCAUAUUCUGCCCCGAAGUGCAACGGGGUUAUUUUGAUUAUUUCUUCGCAUUUUAUUGAAAAAGGGACAAACUUUUGUUACCCGCGGGUUGUACAACUGUAAACUAGACUUGCCAAAGGUAACGCUAUAAGUAUAUUUCAAGCUAUUUAUAUCUUGUACAAAGAUUUUCAGUACUUUCUUUGAGUCUUUUAUUUAUGUUUUGUAU